UCUGGAUUGAAAUCUGUACACGGAUAUUACAGGUUUUUUUCCCUCAUCUACUUUAAUAUCUACGAAAGGAGAGAACUUAAAAGAAGGCAAACUGCGUCAGCUAUGGCUGUUUCAUGGGGAGACUCCCUGGUAAGCAGGCAGCUGCUGCGGCUGCUUCUGUUGCACACGGCCUGGGAGGUGGGCAGCGGCCAGCUCCGGUAUUCCGUGCCAGAGGAAUCCAAACACGGCACCUUUGUGGGCCGCCUGGCCCAGGACCUGGGGCUGGAGGUGGCGGAGCUGGUGUCUCGGAUGUUCCGGAUGGUCUCCAGCGGCAGGAGAGACUAUUUUGAGGUAAAUUUGCAGAGCGGCGUUUUGUUUGUUAAUUCGCGACUAGACAGGGAAGAGCUGUGCGGCCAGAGCCCCCUGUGCGCCAUUGACCUGGAGGUGAUAGUGGACAAACCGCUGAGGAUAUUUCACGUGGAAGUGGAGAUACAGGAUAUAAACGACAAUGCUCCUGUGUUCCCCGUAAAUGAAAAAAAUCUAUUUAUUUCAGAAUCCAGACGCCCAGGCUCGCGAUUUCCACUAGAGGGCGCGUCUGACGCAGAUAUUGGUACAAACUCUCUGCUAACCUAUAAACUCAGCCUAAAUGACUAUUUUGAUGUAGAUUUGCAGAAAAAUAACGAGCAAAGAAAAUCGUUAGUCCUUCUGUUAAAGGAACCUCUGGAUAGAGAGGAAACCUCUGAGCAUAGUUUAUUACUCACUGCUACUGAUGGGGGCAAACCGGAGCUCACCGGCACAGUUCAGCUGAUGAUCAAGGUGCUGGAUGCCAAUGAUAACGCGCCUGUAUUUAAUCAAUCUGUCUAUGAAGUGCGUUUGUUAGAAAAUGCGACUAAUGGGACAUUAAUCAUUAAACUCAAUGCAACCGAUUUAGAUGAGGGAAUUAAUAAAGACAUUUCAUAUUCAUUUAGUAAUUCUUUUAAUCCUAAUUUAAGAAACAUGUUUAGUCUAGAUCCAAACACUGGUGAAGUAAGAUUUAAAGGAGAAUUAGACUUCGAAAAUAUCAGUUUAUAUGAACUACAAAUCGAAGCAACUGAUAAAAGUGCUUUCCCCUUGACUGGACAUUGCACGCUGGUGGUGGAAGUUUUAGACGUGAACGAUAACGCCCCUGAGCUGGCCGUGACUUCCCUUUCUCUGCCGGUGCCGGAGGACGCUCCCCCGGGGACAGUGGUGGCUCUUAUUAGCGUCUCUGACCGAGACUCGGGAGACAACGGCAAAGUCACCUGCUCCAUCCCCCCGAACCUGCCCUUUCGACUCGUCUCCACCUUUAAAAAUUAUCACUCGCUGGUGCUGGCGGAGGCCGUGGAUCGGGAGCGAGUGUCUGAAUAUAAGAUCGUGGUGACAGCCAGAGACCAAGGGGCCCCGUCUCUCUCGGCCAGCAGCAGCAUUUUGGUGGCGAUCUCGGAUGUGAACGAUAACGCCCCCGCUUUCCCUCAGCCCGUUUACACGGUGUUUGUGAAGGAAAACAACCCGCCCGGGGCCCAUCUCUUGACCGUGUCGGCCUGGGACCCGGACCUGCGGGAAAACGCCUUUGUGAGCUACUCGGUGGUGGAGCGAAGUGUGGGAGAGCAGCCCCUGUCCAGCUACAUCUCGGUGCACUCGGAGAGCGGGCAGAUCUAUGCCCUGCAGCCCUUGGACUACGAGGAGCUGCAAGUGCUGCAGUUCCAGGUGAACGCGAGGGACGCCGGGUUGCCGUCGCUGUGCGGGAACGUGAGUGUGCAGCUCUUUGUCCUGGAUGCAAAUGACAACGCGCCCGCAGUGUCCCCGGCUGGCUCUGUCGGCGGCUCGCCAGGGCCCGAGCUGGUUCCGCUGUCUGCCGGCGCAGGGCACGUGGUGGGCAAGAUCCGAGCGGUGGAUGCGGAUUCCGGCUACAACGCGUGGCUUCGCUACGAAGUGCAGGAUCCCGGGGCUGCGGGGCCUUUCCGGGUGGGUGUGUACAGCGGGGAGAUCAGCACGACGCGGGCGUUGGAGGAGGCGGACGGCCCCAGCCAGAGCCUCGUGAUCCUGGUGAAGGACCAUGGGGAGCCGUCGCUGUCCGCGACAGCCACUGUCAGCCUGUCCCUGGUGGAGAGUGCCCAGGCUGUGAGAUGGGACUCGAGGCCAAGGGGCGGGAGCGAAGGGCCCUUGGUUGACAUGAACGUGUCUUUAAUGAUCGCCAUUUGCUCGGUGUCCGGGCUGUUUGUGCUGGUGAUUGUCGUGUACGUUGGCCUGAGAUGCCACCCUGGUCCGGAAGUUAUGUGCGGGCCUGGGAAAGCCACCGUGGUGUGCGCGAGCGAGGUGGGGAGUUGGUCCUAUUCCCAGCGCCAGAGCCGGAACUUGUGUGUAGGGGAAGGCUCCGCCAAGAAUGAUCUCAUGGUUUUCAGCCCCAACUUCCCUAACUCUGCAGAGAACGGGGACAAAGAGAAACAUCAGGCGAUGAAGCCGAAUCUCUGUGGAACGCCCGCGUCCGCGAUGGCUCUUUUCCGGAGAGACGCCCUGGUAAGCAGGCAGCUGCUGCGGCUGCUUCUGUUGCACACGGCCUGGGAGGUGGGCAGCGGCCAGCUCCGGUAUUCCGUGCCAGAGGAAUCCAAACACGGCACCUUUGUGGGCCGCCUGGCCCAGGACCUGGGGCUGGAGGUGGCGGAGCUGGUGUCUCGGAUGUUCCGGAUGGUCUCCAGCGGCAGGAGAGACUAUUUUGAGGUAAAUUUGCAGAGCGGCGUUUUGUUUGUUAAUUCGCGACUAGACAGGGAAGAGCUGUGCGGCCAGAGCCCCCUGUGCGCCAUUGACCUGGAGGUGAUAGUGGACAAACCGCUGAGGAUAUUUCACGUGGAAGUGGAGAUACAGGAUAUAAAUGACAAUGCUCCUGUGUUCCCCGUAAAUGAGCAAAACCUGAGUAUAGCAGAAUCACUAACGCUUCCAGGUUCGCGUUUCCCACUAGAGGGCGCGUCUGACGCAGAUAUUGGUACAAACUCGCUGUUAACCUAUAAACUCGGCCCAAGCGAACAUUUCACCAUAAAGGUGCAAACUAAUGAAGAGCAAAGUAAAUCUUUAGUUCUUGUUUUAAAGCAAUCACUGGACAGAGAGGAAACCCCUGUACAUCAUUUAUUACUCACAGCCACUGACGGUGGCAAACUGGAGCUCACCGGCACAGUUAGGCUGCUGAUCACGGUGCUGGAUGUGAAUGAUAACGCCCCUUCUUUUAACCAGUCUAGUUAUAAAGUUCGAUUAUUAGAAAAUGCAGCUAAGGGAACAAUGGUAAUUAAAGUGAACGCAACCGACUUAGAUGAGGGAAUUAAUAAGGAUAUUUUAUAUACACUUCGCGGUGUUACUCAAUCUAGUGUAAGUGCCACCUUUAGAAUAGAUUCAAAUACUGGAGAGAUCAGUGUAAAUGGAGAACUGGAUUUCGAAAACACUAAAUUACACGAAGUUCAAGUAGAGGCCACUGACAAAGGUAAUUUCCCAUUAUCCGGGCACUGCAAUGUUUUCGUAGAAGUGUUAGAUGUUAACGAUAAUGCCCCCGAGUUAACAAUAACGUCUCACUCUCUACCGGUGCCGGAGGACACUCCCCCGGGGACAGUGGUGGCUCUUAUUAGCGUCUCUGACCGAGACUCGGGAGACAACGGCAAAGUCACCUGCUCCAUCCCCCCGAACCUGCCCUUUCGACUCGUCUCCACCUUUAAGAAUUAUCACUCGCUGGUGCUGGCGGAGGCCGUGGAUCGGGAGCGAGUGUCUGAAUAUAAGAUCGUGGUGACAGCCAGAGACCAAGGGGCCCCGUCUCUCUCGGCCAGCAGCAGCAUUUUGGUGGCGAUCUCGGAUGUGAACGAUAACGCCCCUGCUUUCCCUCAGCCCGUUUACACGGUGUUUGUGAAGGAAAACAACCCGCCCGGGGCCCAUCUCUUGACCUUGUCGGCCUGGGACCCGGACCUGCGGGAAAACGCCUUUGUGAGCUAUUCGGUGGUGGAGCGAAGUGUGGGAGAGCAGCCCCUGUCCAGCUACAUCUCGGUGCACUCGGAGAGCGGGCAGAUCUAUGCCCUGCAGCCCUUGGACUACGAGGAGCUGCAAGUGCUGCAGUUCCAGGUGAGCGCGAGGGACGCCGGGUUGCCGUCGCUGUGCGGGAACGUGAGUGUGCAGCUCUUUGUCCUGGAUGCAAAUGACAACGCGCCCGCAGUGUCCCCGGCUGGCUCUGUCGGCGGCUCGCCAGGGCCCGAGCUGGUUCCGCUGUCGGCCGGCGCAGGGCACGUGGUGGGCAAGAUCCGAGCGGUGGAUGCGGAUUCCGGCUACAACGCGUGGCUUCGCUACGAAGUGCAGGAUCCCGGGGCUGCGGGGCCUUUCCGGGUGGGUGUGUACAGCGGGGAGAUCAGCACGACGCGGGCGUUGGAGGAGGCGGACGGCCCCAGCCAGAGCCUCGUGAUCCUGGUGAAGGACCAUGGGGAGCCGUCGCUGUCCGCGACAGCCACUGUCAGCCUGUCCCUGGUGGAGAGUCCCCAGGCUGUGAGAUGGGACUCGAGGCCAAGGGGCGGGAGCGAAGGGCCCUUGGUUGACAUGAACGUGUCUUUAAUGAUCGCCAUUUGCUCGGUGUCCGGGCUGUUUGUGCUGGUGAUUGUCGUGUACGUUGGCCUGAGAUGCCGCCCGGGUCCGGAAGUGAUGUGCGGGCCUGGGAAAGCCACCGUGGUGUGCGCGAGCGAGGUGGGGAGUUGGUCCUAUUCCCAGCGCCAGAGCCGGAACUUGUGUGUAGGGGAAGGCACCGCCAAGAAUGAUCUCAUGGUUUUCAGCCCCAACUUUCCUAACUCUACAGAGAACGGGGACAAAGAGAAACAUCAGGAGAUGACGCCGAAUCUCCGUGGAACGACAAUUCUUUCAGCUGCCUUUGAAAGUCUUGACAAUAAGAUUAUUGACAUGGCUGUUAACACUGGCCAGGUUGAAGAGUGA